AUGGAAAGGGGGCUACUGACUGCUGAGGGAAAGACUAUUAAAAGUAAACAAGAGGGCGCUUCCUCGUCUGCUCAGCAUGUUCAGGGCGGCUUGCUCUCUUUUCCCUUCCGCAGAAAAGAGGCGAUAGCGGCGAUGGCAUCUUUCGGCGCUGUGGCGCCACUCCUGCUGUCCGGCUUAUCUUGCUGCUCAGAGACCGUAUUCAUCGUGGAGAUCUCACUGACUUGCAAGAACAGGGUGCAGAACAUGGCUCUUUAUGCUGAUGUUAGUGGAAAACAAUUUCCUGUAACCCGGGGCCAGGAUGUGGGCCAAUAUCAGGUUUCAUGGAGCCUGGAGCAUAAGAGCGCCCGUGCGAGCACCUAUGAGGUCAGAUUCUUCAAUGAAGAGUCCUACAGCCUCCUAAGGAAGGCUCAGAGAAGUAAUGAGGACGUUUCCAUCAUCCUGCCUCUGUUUACAGUCAGUGUGGACCAUCGGGGCACCUGGAAAGGGCGGUGGGUCUCUACGGAAGUGCUGGCUGCAGUAAUCGGCAUAGUGAUCUACUACCUAGCCUUCAGUGCAAAGAGCCACAUCCAGGCCUGAGGGCAGCAUCCUCGGCCUUCUAUUGCUUCUUUCAAUAAAC